AUGGCGGCAUUUCAGCGGGCAGAUAUGCAGCAGGUGGAUCUUCCUGUGCCCAGAGAAGACACUCGCAACUGUGAAGUAGGUAAGUCAGCUGGCUCCGGAUCAUACCAGCUUAUGUUCCAGAAAAGUGUCGUCACGGCGGAGACUGUGGAAGAGUCAUUGCUCCUGCAACGAUCGCCUCAAAAGAGGUCUACCGAGGCCAAUCUCCGUCUUCGGAAGCAGCAGUUCCUGGUGCAGGAGAAGUUCUUCAAGCAACACCUGUUGCCGGAACCGGAAGAGCAACAAAGUUGGUCACAGCGGCUUGUCUUCGAUUGGCGAUUCAGGUGGCUGGUGGGCGGAGUGGUAGUCUUGAACAUGCUCGUAAUCUCUGUAGUGGAGAGCAUUUGGGAGUACCAAGAGAUUGCGGUAGUGACCUUGACAGUUGAACGUGUUGCCCUGAUCUUCUACAUCGUCGAGUGGCUCAUUCGAGUUCAUGCGGGUCAGCUGCGCAGUCGUCCAGCUCAGACCCUUCUAGACCUUGCACUGAUAGUUACUGGCGCUUUGGCUCUGUUCAUCCCCAAUGACUUGUGCGUCAUAUGCGCAACUCUUCAACGGUACAUGCUGACUGUUCGCGUGCUUCGCCUGCUGAAGCUCAUGAAUCUCUCUAAAGAGAUGCAGUAUUUCCAUACAUUUUGGGUUCUCCUUGAUGACAUGAUCUAUGCCGGAAAGGCCUUUGUGGCGGCUGUGGUCUUCAUUCUAAUUAUCAUUGCUAUAUUUGCUGGCGUCCUCAACACGGUGCUUAACCAAGACUCAGACAUUAUGGCAGAUCCGGAGCUACAAAAGCUGGUUCUCCAACAGUAUGGCUCCUUCCCCAAGGCGCUACUGUCACUGGUGCAGUUUGUGUCCGCCGAUAAUAUCGCAGAUCUGUAUUAUCCGCUGGUUGUUGCAAAACCUGAGCUGGCACUGCUUUUUGCGCCCCUCCUGAUCAUUGUCACGGUUGGUCUUAUGGGCUUAGUGCCGCUAAUCCUGUUUGAGAACAAGGACGUCCAGAAGAAACGGAAACAGGUUGAGCGGAAGGAGAUGUUCACGAAAACCUGUGCCUCCCUUGAGCAGGUUUUGAAGAAAUACAAUGAGGCUGAAGUCGACCGAAAGAAGGUUGAAGAAAUUGAGAAGGAGUGGAGGCAAGGCGAAAGUAGCAACGAAUCCAGACUUGUGGAGCUCUUCGACGUUCUGGCCAGCAAACUGCGUCCCGGCCAAGAGCAACCAUCCUUGCCAGUCGAAGAGUUCAUCGAAGCUCUACUGGGUUUAGUGGUAUUUGAUGAACCGCUAUCUCAGCAUCUGUCCAUUUUAGAGAUGCUAGGACAGCUGCAUGGGCUGCACGCCAGGAUGAGCAGCUUUGAAGACAGCUCCCAGCAGAUUCGGGGAGAGAUAGACAACCUGCACAAGAAGAUGGACAAGAUGCAGCACUCCAUCGACGCAAUUGCAUCAGCACUUUCGGUUCCUUCCCGCUUGAAGAUGUGA